AUGCUUAGUCACACCCGCUCAAUAAGUUCUGUAGAUUAUGCUUCAUUAGCAGGUAAACAGGUUGUUCUUGUACAUCACCAUGUUUACCCGUUUCUACAAGAGGAUGUUAAGACCCUCAAAAUAUUGGGUUCUUCCAAUGGCUUGAUUUGCUUAGGUAUAUCUGAUUCUAAGAAUGUUAGCAACCUCAGAAGAAUUUACAUUUGGAAUCCAUCAACGAAUGAAUAUAAGCAGAUUAGUUGUUCAACUUUUGAUGAUCGUGAUUACUGCUUCCGCGCCAAAUAUGGCUUUGGUUAUGAUAACAGCAUCGAUGAUUACAAAGUGGUACGUAUUUUGGGUCGUGAUUCUUGUGAAUAUCAUGAAUGUCUAGAUAUUCAAGUUUAUACGUUGGGGUCAGACCCAUGGCAUCGUGUUCAAACCGUCCCUUACUCGUUUGCUUGUGAAAAGAGAUUUUCUAGUUUGCUUUUUAAUGGAGCUCUCCAUUGGUUAGCCUAUAACGUUGCUUCCCAAGGCCAAGGAAAGUCUUGGGAAGUUAUAGUUGCUUUCGAAAUUAGCAAAGAGAGACACCUGCAUUUGCUGCUUCCCAAAGAAACUAUAAAAGGUUGGAGAGAAGUCGGAAACGACAAAAAACGCUUGGGAGUGCUGGGAGACUGCAUUUGCUUAAGUAUUAGCUUCUUGGUACAUGGCCGGACGGAUAUAUGGAUUAUGCAAGAUUAUGGAGUGCAAGAUUCUUGGACUAAGCAAUUUACCAUUACUCAACUACAGAUGCACAAAUAUUUCUCCUGUAAGCCAAUUUGGACUUUCGAAAAUGGUGAGAUUCUACUGGAAACUGUCAAGGAUUUAAUUGUAUAUGACCCGAAAAGUGGAAAUAUUAGAACCGCGAUGCGUGAUACUGAUCUCAGUGUUAAUCGGGAGUGUUAUGUGGGGAGCCUAAUUUCAGUUAAAUCAGGUACUUAUGUAGAGAAAACUGACUUCUUCAUCGUGUAA